AUGACUUUCGAACCACACUACAGUGCUAAAUCGGCCGCUUCUGCCAGUGCCUUUAUUGCCCGUUCUGCAAAUGAAAUUCCAUCGACGAACACAAAUACUCCUUCAAAGAGAAGAAUAUAUUCACACUCAAAGGGCACCUCCAUAAGGAUCGAUAAUCUCCCUCCGGGCAAGACCUGGGCUCAGGUCAAGUACUUGGUUGGAGGGAUUAUACACCAUAGCAACAUCUUACAGGUGAAAAUGUUGCCUCCAAUGACCUCUAUGAUUCCUCCCUUCAUUACCUUCCAGAGUUGCAUCGUCAUUUUGAAAAGCUCCGUAGACAAAGAGUCCCUGGAAAACUUACUGCUCACUUUGAACACCUACCAAUGGGACUAUCACGAUUUGUUUGUUUAUUUGUUGCCAUACACUAAUGAUUCUUUGCAAGUGCGAUAUUCAGAGCCGAAUGAUAAUUUCAACGACGUCGGGAGUGCUACUGAUGAAACUAAUAGAUCGAUGUCUCCCCGGUUUGUAAAUCGCGUCUCAUCCGUUACACCGCAACCAACCUCCGCUUCCACGCCAUCUUCUCAAUAUUUCAAUUUUUCACCUGAACUGGGCCUGCGAAAGAAUGAAAACAUAACGCCACUCCCCACGCCUGUUCCAAUGACGGUCAGUGUACCGGCUCUUGCUCCCCCACCUCAUGGACCAUUCCCAACUUCAAUGCUUCCUAUCAUGGGCGCUCCCCCAGGAGCGCUACCUAAUAUGCAAAUGCCCUACCAAAACACACUACCCCCAUCAAGUGCAGCGGCGGCCGGUGGUCCGCUUGCCUCUCCCACACAUUAUCCUCGUCGUCGGCAUUUCUAUCACCAGAAUCAAAGUCAGUUUCAAAAAUAUAUGCAGAGUAACCUCAGAAAUCCCGAUAUUGGCACAUGCCCCCAUUCCUCUCAGCAACACCACAUCCCUUCAAGAAAUAAUAAGAUGAACCCAUCUUAUAACGAAAUAUCUGCACUUUACAACUUGAACAUGGCAUCGAAUACCGAUGGCAACAACAAUAAUGUUACCACUGAUACGAAUGGCGGUGACCGCGCCCUUGAAAUGAAGAGUGGCGGAUCCAUUCCUCCUUCACAAACGCAAAUCAACCACAAAAGACUAAAGCAUAUUUUCAAUGAGAAAAGCUUUAGGAAGCAAAUGACAAAUAGAGGUAUGUGGCAGUUAAAAAUCAUAAAUUUUCCUCCCUAUAUACCUAUAGAAUUCUUAGAAAAAUUAUCUGAGUCUGAUUUCAAUGAAUUGGUGGAUCAGGGGAAGUACACAGUUGUUGAAAUCAAAGAGAAGGGACAAUUGGAAAAAUUUGGAAGACUAAGAUGGACAGUAUUAAAAGAUUUUAUAAAAUUGAAAUGUCCCAAGCUAUUGAGAUUACAAGAAAGACAAUUUUUGCGACAACAAGACGAAGUUUCUUUACUCAACGAAUCUAUGGACACGUUGAAGAUAUCGGAAGGUGAUAAUUCCAACGGGAGCUCAAAUAGCGGCGCGUACAUGAAUGGUGGUUCUCGAUCAUCAAUCAAUAACACAAGAGAAUUCUACGUGGGGGUUUAUGAAGAUCACGAAGAGGCAGCCUUGUUGAAGCUUGAGUUACCAGACGACCAACUGAAAGAAUUCAAUGAACACCUGCAAAAUACUUCGACACUCAGUGGAAAUGCCUCUGCUCCAGAAGAGAAUAAUGAUACAAAAUACUUCAAAGUUAGCACUAUCGUGUAUAAUGCUAUUGUCGGGUUCCACGAUAAAGAACUGUCAGAUCUUACAUUCGAAUCCCUACAAGAUCAGGAAUACUCACUGGGGUAUAAGAUUCAUGUCAUGGAACUGCCGCCAUUUGACGAAGACGAAUUCGAAAAUCAGCAACAGCAUUACUGA